AUGGGGAGAAUUAAGAAGGUAGCCAGCCAAAAGCAUGAGGCUACAAUCUCACCUUUUUUGCAAGAAUUUAUAGCGCGUGCCACAAGUCUUCCCGUUCCAGAGCUCCCUUCGCUUCUCAACACAUUCCCUAAGCUAUGGCCGUUCCCACGCGGCGAUCUCUACCAUUGGAUCAACGUCCUAGACCGAUUCGACGAGAUUCUGGCCUCAGCCGUGGAGAAAUACUUUUUGAACACUGGCCCUCAGACUCAGCUGUUCACCCGAAAUGUUUUGGAGGAAUCAUACUCGGCCGACGAGAGCAAGAAGCCAGCAGAGGGGGUUGAUGCUAAACUAAACGCUCUGGGGUACGGCCCUGAAGGAGAUAGAGAGCUUGUGGAAGCAGUUCUUGAUUUCUCUCGUCUUUUGCUCGAGAAAUGUGGAAACCGCAGCCUGUACAGCAGCAGCGAUCGCCUGGGUGACCUGUUGAAUACCACCUCACUCUCUCUCCUACAAUCUACAUUGCGACUGUCUCUUUGCUUAGCCCAACGAUACCACUCUCGCCAGCGUGGCACCCAUCAGCAGUCUGUAUUGCAAUCCCACUAUGCUCUUGAUCUCGAAAAGUUGCAGAAGAUUGCAGCACCUUUCCCGCGCCCAGUCAUCACCAGUAAAACACCGUUUGCCGCAUCUCCCGCCGGUUUAACCAAGGGGAAGGAAAAUACAGCCCAUACCAAAAUCGACGCCAAUGAACUGGUUUCCCUCGUGCGUGAUGGCGAUGGCUGGGAGGAAUGGGGAGAUGUCCGAGUUCUCUACUAUCCCUCGGGCUCCGAACAGACUAGAACAACCUCUGAAUUCGGCCAAACAGAGCAGGGCUUCCAUAUUCCAACUACGCCAACCCCAUUGCGACGCAGUGCGACACACCCCGCUCCUCAUUCUAACCAGGGCUCAAAUGGCGAUGAAUCACCAGCUGUCACUGGUGGGAAGGCAGAGGAGGCCACGCGAGCGGGCAAAGUCCUAGAGCUCCCCUACUCAAAAGUUUCAACUGCAAAAGUGGAAGAUCUUCUUGCAGCCAACUUGCCUCAUCUGCCCCUCGAAUCAAAAUAUGAGCUGCUUCAAAAACUCCGAGUUGCCAAGGCGUUGACAGCGUCGCGUGCCACGCGAGAACAGAUCCUUUCCAUCAAGGCACUGGCAGUGACCAACCUGGCUCAUGUCCAGCCGGAGAGUACUUUUCAGUCAAAGGUUCUUCAAUCUGAUCUGGAACAACCGAAGCGUCUUCAGCUUGCUUACCAGCUUGCUGAAGUGGUUCAUCUCGGUGCCAGUGGUGAUCUCGAGGUCUCCCGGUCUGUCCAAACCUUGGCGAUCCAGGCACUGGAUGCGUUGGCUAAGCACAAGGCUCGUGCUGUUGACGUCUGUGCAGCUUUGAGCGUCAACGUCAACCACGGAAUUCUCAUGUUUUUGACCCGUAAAAUGGUCAAUGAACUAGGCCCUGAGAACAACGAUCCGGAUGAUGCCUACUACGAUGAAUGGCGAGAUGCUUUGCUUGCACUCCUACGCACUCUCCCAAGCUCGAGCACACGUACACCAGAGACCUUGGUUGCAGCGGGUCUGAUUCCCAUGUUUGUUGAUAUUUUGAAACUGCGGACUGAAAAAUCCCGCCGAGUCUACUCCCGCAUCAUGGAGUUCCUUGACACAUUUGUGCAUGCGGUCCGGGAUGCACUAGGUACACUGACAACAGCGAAGGGAUUUGACGCCAUGUCUGAUUUGAUUGAUCACGAGACGAAGACCGCAUUUGAGAAGGUCAACCGAGGGGAUGGAUUCCCCGCUCAAUACAAGAACCCUUCAAUUGACUAUCAAAUCCCUUACUUUCAGCAGCAGACACUGCGUUGGAUGUUCCGUUUUGUCAAUCAUAUCAUGCAGCACAAUGGCGGAGGAUUCGAUCGUGUUUUGAGAAACUUGAUAGAUUCGCCUCAGCUGUUAACUUCUCUUCGCCUUGUGUUCGAGAAUGCUCGCGUGUUCGGUUCACAUGUGUGGAGCAAUGCUGUCAACAUUCUCAGCAGCUUCAUUCACAACGAACCUACUAGCUAUGCUGUUAUCGCUGAGGCUGGCCUCAGCAAGAGUCUUCUUGCUGCAGUCAUGGGGCGUGAACUGAAGGUGUUGGAGAAGCCGCCGGCCGUGGAACUUGAAGACCGGGAGACUGAGAUUGAGAUCGAGGCCGAACCUGCCGCUACUCAACCCCCCAGCGCCGAAGCUGCCACCCAGUCCGAGGAAAAGCAAAAAGGUCGCGAGUACGCUAUCGUUAGACCCCAGAACACCCCUCUCGCAUCUGGCAUAAUGCCCGCAGCUGAUGCUCUUGCUUGUAUCCCUGGUGCAUUUGGGGCCAUCUGCUUGAACUCUUCCGGUUUGGAUCUCUUCCAGUCCUCCGAUGCGCUGGAAAGCUUCUUCGAGAUCUUCGAGAACCCUGAGCAUGUCAAGUGUCUGAAGGAUGACUCGGAUCUGGUUCGUUCGUUAGGCACCACCUUUGAUGAGCUGGUCCGACACCACCCGGCAUUGAAAACCUCGAUCAUGUCUGCUGUUCUUGUGAUGGCUGCUCGUGUCAACAUCCUGGGGCGAGUCAAGGCAUGGGAGCUUGGUAUGGGCACAAGGAUGUGGACUCAAGAUGCCGACGGUAAGACAACCCUUUUAGGAGAUGUCUUUUCAUUGUUCCGAGAGAUCGGCACAGCCAUUGAUGCACCCACAGACGACCCUGCUUCGUUUGGUGCCCCCAAGCUUAACGCGAACACUCUUCCUAACGGCGCCAAGCUUGUUGUUGGGGAUCUGGAUCAUGUUCUUCCUUCUCCAGGCCCCGACUUCGAGCCUAAAGAUAAAGAUUCCCACGGUCUUUCCGCUACGGACUACCUGUUCCCAGCUUUGCGAUUCCUGAGCGCUUUCUUCGACAACCAGACGAAUUGCACAUCCUUCAUCCUGGCCGGCGGCACAGAGUUCUUGUUGGAUCUUGCAACACUCCAGAGCUUGGCGUUUGAUUUCCACAGCACUAAUGCCAACCAAGAGAUCACUGUACUUGUUCACAUGCUCGCGGAAACGAAACCUCACCUUGUGGUCCCUUCUCUCGUUCGACGCGCACAGGCAGCAGUGGAUAAUCUUUCGGCAUUUUGGACUGCGCCCACCGGAUCGGGAUUCUUUACCGAAUUGAUUAAGCCUGCAGACUCGAAAAAACCAGCUCCUGAGACUACGGCGGCUGCUAAAUCUGGCACAUUCUUCGUGAGGCACUUGAAUGCCGUUCUACUCCUCACCGACGUCCUUCGCGAGGUUUUCGCAUCGCCACAGUACCAAACUCGACCCGGUCAAUCUACCUCCAUCUUCGGCCAAGCUAAUCUUGCUGACCAUUACUGUUCCCUAAUCUCCUCACUGAGCAACCUUCUUGCCUCUUGCGUGUGGGAAGGAAUUUUGCUGGAGAAGAACAUCCCUGACAAGUGGCUGAAAGCGACACAGGCCUCUGCUGAAAAGCAUGGCUCUGGAAAGUCAAAGGUUGUCGCGGUUACCGGGAACACACAGGAGCCUUCAGCGACUCCUGGCGCCGAAUCUCAACAGGAGAGCACUGGUGCACUAGAGACUGCUCCGGCUCAGUCGGGCCUUGGCCCGACAGAAGACGACGCUGAAGUUGAUGAACAGUGCUCUGCUUUCAAGAAUGCGCGUACUCUCCGCUACCUUCUAAGCGCUCUACCAACAUCAAUUACGGGUUUCUUGCACAACCUCGGACUCGGUAUGAUCGGCAAGAGACGCACAGAUCCCCUCCAGAAACAGAAGGCGAAUGCUAUCUUGGUCUCAGACGCCAUUGCUGAAGGCAUUCUUCGCCAACUGCAGUUCAACCCUGCCAAUUCGAGUAACAGCACCAAGCACCGGUUUGCAUAUCUCAUAGUCAUUCUUUCCCACUUCUCGCACCUUCUCUAUGAAGUCUCAGCAGACCGUCCCAGUCCGAACUACUUGACUUCAGUUCUCGUUUCAUUCAAUAAAAUCAACGGUCUCAGAGUGUUGAAGGAUAUCUGUGACGUCUUCUUAGGCGACAUUAAGUCCCUUCCAUCCGCGGAGUCCAUUCCAGACCAGGACAAAGAGCUUGCCGACCGGCUUGCAUCCGGGUAUGGUGGAAUUAAGAUCAUUCUUGGGUUAUUCGCAGACCUCACUGCUGGGAAAUUCAUUGUGGACUCUAGCCAGACACAAGCCUUGACCUCUCACCCUGAACGGGAUCGAGACCGUCCCGAUUACUUCCAGCCAGGUCAACUUUUGGUGGAUCUUCGUAUGGAGAUUUUGCCCCUGGCUAAAGACAUGUGGAACUCAGACUUUGCGACUCAGUCAUCGAGUCCAAUUGUCCGGUUGUUGAUUGACAUUAUGCGGUGCUCACUGGAUGGCGAAUACGAGACUGGCGCGGCUCGCAAAGUAGAUACCCCGCCCAUCUUGGUUGAGAUGCCUAAAAAGCCAUUCGUUGUCCACACGGAACGAGCAACUGCUUUGCUCGAGAAAGGCAGUGGCUACGAGCCCCCCCCCAGAGUACCCCCGGCUCCCGGCGAUAUCAAAACUGGACUACCCGAGUCUGCUUCUGGCAUCGAAUCCCUCGAGGAUGCCGGUCUUGGAGAGGUUCAACCUUUCAAUAGCGCCAAUCCGUUGGACCGCUCUGCAGCACUCCAAAUGCUUCUGGCUCGAGCAGCUGGACGACCCGUAGCUGACGCAAUGCGCCGCUCUCCUUUCCCCGGAGGCGAUAUUGAUUACGACAUGCACGACGGGUUGGGUAGAGCUCUAGAGAACGUUCUCAACGACAAUGAUGACAUGGAUAGCGAUGACCGGGGCGAAUUAUCGAAUCAGCGUCGGCUCGAGAGUCGUAAUCCCGGGGCAAGCUCUUCUGAACUUACCGGAGCCUCUCAGGGAGAAUCAGUCAAACGUCGCCAUAUGGUCACAAUUGAGGACCUGGAUGCAGAGAGGCAAAACAUUCGGUCAAACCUGAUCGACCGGGCCCUUGACAUCCUAAACGAACACCAUGACGUCUCUUUCGAGCUAUCUGACUUGAUCACCUCGGCCAUCAAGAAGCAUAGCGAGCCUGUCAACUUCCGUCGAGACAUUGGAGAGACCCUUGUUCAAUCGCUAGUAUCUCUGCAGAUGGAGAACUUCCAGACAGCUGGCAAAAAAAUCGCGGCUUAUGCACACAUUCUUGCGCUGACCCUCCAAGAUCAUGACAUGUACCUCGCCACUCUUGAGGAGCUCAAAGAUUGCUUCUCGACUUUCCUUGGAUUUAUCAAGCUCCCAACACCUGAAAAGGCCGACCAAGAGACCUUCCCCUGGGUUGGACAUGUCCUGCUUAUUCUCGAGAAGCUGCUGUCUGAUGAUUGUCAGCCUCCCAAGAUUGCCUGGACCAUGCCAAGUCUUGAUGAUCCAAAUCCCAGCGGCGAUGAGCCAGCCCGUCUUGAAGAUCCCCUUAUCUCACUCGAAGAGAAAACCAGGCUAUUUGAAGCUCUUGUCGAGAUACUACCGCGAGUGGGCAAGGACGAUACACUGGCCCUCUCCAUGUGCCGUGUUCUUGUCAUUCUCACCCGCGAGCGCAGCAUUGCCGCCCGCUUUGGAGAAAAGCGAAAUCUUCAGCGUUUGUUUGUUAUGGUUAAGCAACUUUCCAGUGCUACAAAUGAGAAACUCCAAAGCGCCUUCAUGCUGAUACUUCGUCACAUCGUCGAGGACGAAUCCACUAUUCGGCAGAUCAUGAGGAGUGAAAUCGUUGCUAACUUUGAGUCCAAGACCACCCGUCAGAUUGACACAAACGGCUAUGUACGACAUUUGUAUCACCUCGUGCUAAGAGCUCCUGAUAUCUUUGUGGAGGUCACAAAUGAAAAGCUGCGGUUGCUCCGAUAUGAUAAUCAACGUCCACAAGUUCUUGGAUUGAAGGCCGACAAAGAUCGGCAACAAAAGCGAGGAAGGCCCAGUAUUUUCCUCGAAGAGCACAAGCCAGAAUCGUCUGCAGCAGGCGAAGCGUCUGCCCUCGAAGACACGGACAAGAGCAAGGAGGACAAGGGCAAGACUCAAACCAAGGGGGCCGAGCUCAAAGCCCCAAUUGUGGAGAACCCGGAUGGCGUUAUUCAUUAUCUCCUUUCGGAGCUUCUGUCCUACAAAGAUGUGGACGACAAAGAAGCCGGUCCUGAAUUCCCAGAGCAGUCAACUGACCAAUCCGAUACUCAAACUGAUGUUGAGAUGACCGCGGAUGAGCCAACACCUUCAAUAUCGAGUACUACCGAAGCACAUGCAUCUCGCGGCUCCAAGAAGGCAGAGAAGCCCCAAUUCAAGGCAGAUGACCAUCCGAUUUACAUCUAUCGCUGCUUGCUCCUUCAGUGCUUGACGGAACUUCUUUCCUCUUACAACCGGACCAAGGUCGAGUUCAUCAACUUUUCCCGCAAGGCUGAUCCUCUGGCCACCACUCCCUCCAAACCGCGCUCUGGCGUCUUGAACUAUUUGUUGAAUGUGCUUGUUCCCCUUGGUACUAUGGAUCAUGACGAGUCUUUGGCGUUCAAAAAACGCAGUAUCACCUCCACAUGGACCAUGCAAGUGCUUGUUGCACUUUGCACUAAGACCGGCGAGUUUGGUGGUGUUGGUAGACGUCGCACUGAGCCAAAAUAUGAGGAUGAUGAGCCUGAGCUUGCCUUUGUCCGUCGUUUCGUGCUGGAGCAUGCUCUCCGGUCCUACAAAGAUGCUAUGGCCUCUAUCGAACCCCUAGAUGUCAAGUAUUCCAAGCUCAUGUCGCUUGCUGAUCUCUUCGACAAAAUGCUCAGCGGCUAUUCCUUCACCAACGACGCGGGCUUCCCAACUUCAACCAGGCAGCUCGCGAAGACCAUGUUCGAAAAGAACUUCAUCCCCGCCCUCACUUCUUCAGUCGCUGAUGUCGACUUGAAUUUCCCGUCCUCCAGGCGUGUCAUUAAGUAUAUUCUUCGUCCAUUGAAUAAACUUACCCAGACUGCCGUGCUUCUCAGCGAGAACUCGGACAUCCCCAUCCAAGGUGAUAAUGAGGAUGAUGAGAUCUCGUCCGCAACUUCCGUUUCUGACAUGGAAGAUGAACGUGAAGAAACACCUGACCUCUUCCGCCACUCUACCCUUGGUAUGCUAGAGCCUCGUCAUGACGAGGAAGAGAGCAGCACCGAAGAAUCGGAGGGUGAGGACGAUGAGAUGUAUGAUGAUGAGUACGACGAAGAAAUGGACUACGACGAGGAUGUCGCUGAAGAUGAUGGUGAAGUCGUCAGCGACGAAGACGACGAUGGCAUGGGUCCAAUCGAAGGUCUUUCCGGAGAUGCAGUCGAAGUCAUCCUCGACGAAGAUGAUGACGAAGACGAGGACGAUGACGAUGAAGAUCACGACCACUCGGACAUGCAUGAUGAUAUGUAUGACGGAGAAAUUGGCGGUGACCGAGACAACGAAAGCCUCGAAGAUGACGAAGAGGACGAAUGGGAAAGCGAAGAAAUGACUGAAGACGAAGAGGAGGUCGAAAUGAUGAACCAAUUCGAAGAUGAAAUGGCCGAUAUCAGACAAUCCAACAGACAACAAGGUGAAGACCAGCAUCUUGGCGACCUAUUCCGUGCUCUCAAUGGUUCUGGUGUUGAUGAUAUCCAUGGAGAUGCCCUAGGUGGUGACAUUCACGAAGAAAUUCUUGAUGACCUCGAUGAAGAUGGUUUGUAUUUCCUUAGACUGCUGAGGCAGCUCCCAGCGCCCCUGCCACAGCCAGCCUUACUGACAUCUGCUCCAGUUGAAGACGAAGACGAAAUGGAUGAACUUGACGAGGACAUGGAUGAUUUCGACGAAGAACAAGGAUCUUAUGGGGAUAUGGAAGGUGAGUCCGACUCUGUCAAUGAUUUUCUCACAUCGUUGUUGACUCGCCCAGAAGACGAUGAUCUUCUUGAGCCAUGGGGAUGGGAAGGCGAUGAACCUCCAGUGGCCCGAGGACAUCCUCAAUCCCGCUUCCGCGGAGGCCCGUCACCAGCCUGGGCUACCGUUACUGAAAUCAUGCCGGGUCGCCAAUCCGGUCUUGUUCCCAUCCAGCCUUACCACCGUGUUCACCGAACCCAAAUCCCAUCCCGCGGCAACGACGAUGGCAUUAAUCCUCUUCUUGUCCGGACUGACCGCCCAGAUGCCGCCGUCCAACCUCGGACCGCUGCUGAUCCUUUCGCCGAUUGGGGCCAAUCUAUGGACACUGCAGCUGGCCGGGUUAUUGCUAUGGAUAGCCCCAUUAGCUUCAUGAAUGCAAUUAUGCAAGCCAUCGGCGGACAGGCCGCGUCAGGUUUCGGCGUAGUCACUCGCCCUGAUGGUAUUCAUGUACAUGUCGACCGACGAGCAGUCUUGCCUGGUCGUAUCCAGGAUAUGCUUGGAAUUCCCCGAGGAGCAGGUCCUCCAACCCGCACACGCGGCGACGACCCUCACACUGCCGUCAAGUUUGGUCUUGGUACCACCAGAAACCGCUGGCAAGAAGAGGCCCGCAUAAUUUUCGGCAACCAGCAUGUUGAGCGGACCAUACGCAUCAUCAACUCUAUUCUCAGGCUCUUGGUUCCCCCUGCCAUUGAGGAGGAGAAGCAGCGCCAGAAGCUUGCAGAAGAGGAACGCAAACGUCUUCAAGCCGAAAGAGCUGAAAAGGAACGCCAAGAUCGCAUUGCCGCUGAAGAAAAACAGCGUGAGCUUAAGCAAAAGGAGGAGGAAGAAAACGCCCGAUUACAGGCAGAGAAAGACCAACGUGAAGCCGAGCGCCAGGCUGCUGGGGUCGAUGAGCCCAUGGAAGAUGUCCCGGAAACCGAUACUGCGGUUGAAACCGCUGGCCCAUCUACUCAACCUGAAGCCCAGCCCACUGAACCUUCUCGUCGAGUCUACACGAACAUCAGAGGCCGCCAAGUUGAUAUCACCGGUCUUGAGAUUGAUUCGGAGUAUCUGGAGGCUCUGCCUGAGGAACUCCGGGAGGAAGUCAUCAUGCAACAGCUUGCUGAACAUCGAUCUCAGGCUGCCGCUGCGGGUGAAGAGGAUACUGAGAUAAACCAAGAAUUCCUUGAGGCCUUGCCUGCCGAGAUCCGCGAAGAAUUGCUGCAACAAGAAGCGGCCGAUCGACGCCGGCGAGAACGUGAGACGGCGCGAAGACAGGCGGCUGCUGGUGCUGGUGCUGGCGCUACAGCUUCCAGCACUCAACCAGCGGAAGAAAUGGAUGCUGUCAGCUUCCUUGCUACUCUCGAUCCCUCUUUGCGCCAAGCUGUUCUGGCCGAUCAGCCCGAGGAUGUUCUUGCAACCUUGGGCCCAGAGUACAUGACCGAGGCCCGUGGUAUGGGCGGUAGCGGUCGACGCAUGGCUCAGUUUGGUGACAUGAGUGCAGUUGAUCACCGGCAGAGAAUUGAGCCUGCUGCAGGCCAGGAGCCGAAGAAAGAGCAAAGGCGUCAAAUUGUUCAAAUGCUCGACAAGGCUGGGGUUGCAACCCUCUUACGCCUGAUGUUCAUGCCUCUGCAGGGCAACGCUCGCCAUCAAUUGAAUGAUAUUCUUCACAACGUUUGUGAGAACCGCCAGAACCGGAGUGAGGUGAUCAGUGUUCUACUUUCGAUCUUGCAGGAUGGCAGUAUUGAUUCCACUGCGAUUGAACGCAGCUUUUCUCAUCUUUCUCUGCGUGCAAAGGCACCAGGGACGCAGAAGACUCCGCAGUCAAAGCGAACUCUCGCUAUCCAGACUGCUUCGAGCGUCAGCAGUGAAGUGACUCCAAUUAUGGUUAUCCAACAAUGUAUCGCCGCACUGUCUUUCCUUUCGCAGUUCAACCCUCACAUUGCUUGGUUCUUCUUGACGGAGCAUGACUCUGCGUCAGCUGGCAAACUCAAGUCCUUGCGUAAAGGCAAGGGGAAAGAAAACCGAGCUAACAAGUUCGCUCUGAAUGCACUGCUUUCUCUCCUUGACCGCAAGUUGAUAAUGGAAAGCCCCAACUGUAUGGAGCAACUGUCCAGCCUCCUUAGCAGUAUCACACAGCCCUUGACCGUUCUUCUUCGUCGUGAGAAGGAGCGGCAGGAAGAGAGCAAGGGCAAGAAGCCCGAGAGACCUGAAAUCGAAGCAUCUACCGAUCAACUUGCUGAAGCUGCCGAUUCCAGUAUGGACACAUCCAUGACUGAUGCUCUGCUUCCUACUGUGGAAAUCCCUGGAGCCCCUGGUCAAGAGACCGUAGAGAGUGAAGAGGCUACCUCAGCCGAAGCCAAGAAAUCUGAAGAUUUCAAGGAGCCCGCUGAGGACGAGAAGCGCAAGAAGCGAACCAUCGAGCCUCCUGUCAUUCCGGAUCACAACUUGCGACUGGUUGUCCACAUCCUUGCGGCUCGUGAGUGCAAUGGCAAGACAUUCCGCGAUACGCUUUCUACCAUUAACAAUCUUUCCGCCAUUCCUGGAGCUAGAGACGUGAUCGGCAACGAAUUGGUUGCUCAAGCCCAGGCCCUUAGUGAUACCAUCCUGGGAGAUUUGGAGGAUCUUCUCCCUCAUAUCCACCAGGCCAAGACUGGUACCGACAUGCAAGGCCUUGCCCUGGCCAAGUUCUCUCCCGCUAGCUCAGACCAGGCGAAAUUGCUACGUAUCCUGACUGCACUUGAUUAUCUGUUUGAUCAUGCACGGGCGGACAAGUCCAGGGAUUUAGAGCCUGGAUCCGCUCCCAAGGAGGAUGUGCUCAAGAAACUCUAUGAAAGCGCCACUUUCGGCCCGCUUUGGAGCAAGCUGAGCGACUGCUUGACUGUUAUUCGGCAGAAAGAAAAUAUGCUGAACGUAGCUACUAUUCUUCUCCCUCUUAUUGAGGCACUGAUGGUUGUUUGCAAGAACACCACGCUGAAGGACCAGCCGCUUUCUCGUGGCAGCCGUGAAUUGUCAGUUAACAGCACCGCCACAGCUGAUGCUGGUCUCAGCAUGGAGAACAUCUUCUUCAGGUUUACCGAAGAACAUCGCAAGAUUCUCAAUGAGCUCGUCCGCCAGAACCCUCGCCUGAUGAGCGGCACAUUCUCCCUGUUAGUCAAGAACCCUAAAGUCCUAGAAUUCGACAACAAGCGCAAUUACUUUACUCGGCGUGUCCACUCCCGCGGUGCCGAGCCUCGCCACCCUCAUCCCCCUCUUCAGCUUUCUGUGCGCAGAGCUGAGGUCUUCCUUGACUCUUUCAAGUCCCUGUACUUCAAGAGCGCAGAUGAGCUGAAGUAUGGCAAACUGAAUGUACGAUUCCAUGGCGAGGAGGGUGUCGAUGCUGGUGGUGUCACCAGAGAAUGGUUCCAAGUUCUUGCCCGUGGCAUGUUCAACCCCAACUACGCUUUGUUCAUUCCUGUCGCCGCCGAUCGGACUACCUUCCACCCCAAUCGCCUGAGUGGCGUCAACUCAGAGCAUCUCAUGUUCUUCAAAUUCAUCGGGCGGAUCAUUGGUAAGGCCUUGUAUGAAGGCCGUGUCCUCGACUGCCACUUCAGCCGAGCAGUCUAUAAAAACAUCCUCGGACGAUCUGUGUCUAUCAAGGACAUGGAAACGCUCGACCUGGACUACUACAAAUCACUUUUGUGGAUGCUCGAGAAUGACAUUACCGAUAUUAUUACGGAGACAUUUUCCAUUGAAACCGAUGACUUUGGCGAGAAGCAGGUCAUCGACCUGAAGCCCGGUGGUCACGAUAUUCCCGUUACACAAGAAAACAAGGAGGAGUACGUCCAGCGCGUUGUUGAAUAUCGCCUCGUCGGAUCGGUUCGUGAGCAGCUGGACAACUUCCUCAAGGGCUUCCACGAGAUCAUUCCUCCCGAGUUGAUCUCCAUUUUCAACGAGCAAGAGCUGGAACUAUUGAUUUCUGGUCUUCCUGAGAUUGAUGUAGACGAGUGGAAGAACCACACCGAGUAUCACAACUACUCCGCGUCCUCCUCGCAGAUCCAGUGGUUCUGGCGUGCCGUCCGCUCAUUCGACAAAGAAGAACGUGCUAAGCUCUUGCAGUUCGUCACUGGAACCAGUAAAGUUCCUCUCAAUGGCUUCAAGGAACUGGAGGGUAUGAAUGGUGUGAGCAAAUUUAACAUCCAUCGCGACUAUGGCCACAAGGAUCGCCUUCCCAGCUCGCAUACGUGCUUUAAUCAGCUUGAUCUUCCUGAGUAUGAAAGUUACGAAGAUCUCCGCCAGCGUCUUUACACAGCCGUGACGGCUGGCAGUGAGUACUUUGGUUUUGAAAGGCUCUUUAUCAUGUCGGCCAACUCCAUUAAGCUCUUGACUGGUAACAGUCACCCAGAGCUUGCCAACCUAGUUGCUGAUCGGCUCGGCAUUGAGUUGACCAAGAUCAUGGUCUUGCAAUACUCCAACCAAGAAACCAGUGUCACAAUCGGAGAGAGCGUCCGGGACGAAGAUGUCUUCAUUCUCCAAUCGACAAAACCCAAUGACAUCAACGAUGGACUCAUGGAGCUCCUGAUUAUGAUCAACGCUUGCAAGACUGCCUCGGCCCGCCGCAUCACAGCCGUCAUCCCCAACUUCCCUUAUGCCCGCCAAGAUAAGAAGGACAAGAGCCGUGCUCCUAUCACCGCCAAGUUGAUGGCGAACAUGCUUCAGACCGCCGGCUGCAACCACGUUAUCACUAUGGACCUGCACGCCAGUCAGAUCCAGGGCUUCUUCAAUGUCCCCGUCGAUAACCUGUACGCCGAGCCCAGCAUGCUCAAGUAUAUCCGUGAGAACCUCGAUGUCAGCAACUGCGUCAUCGUCAGUCCAGAUGCUGGCGGUGCCAAGCGUGCUACUGCUAUUGCCGAUCGUUUGGACUUGCAAUUCGCGCUUAUUCACAAGGAACGUGCCCGCCCCAAUGAGGUCUCACGUAUGGUCCUUGUCGGUAACGUCAAGGAUAAGGUCGCUAUCAUCGUUGACGAUAUGGCCGAUACCUGCGGCACGCUCGCCAAGGCGGCCGAAACGGUCAUGCAGCACGGUGCCACCGAAGUCAACGCCAUCGUUGUACACGGCAUUCUGUCCGGCAAGGCGAUCGAGAACCUGAACGGCAGCUGCCUCAAGCGCAUUAUCGUCAGCAACACUGUCCCAUUGGGCGACAAGCAAGAGCAGUGCGACAAGAUCCAUACGAUCGAUAUCAGCCCGACAUUGGCAGAGGCAUGCCGUCGUACGCACAACGGCGAGUCGGUUAGCUUCUUGUUCUCGCACACCGUGGGGUAA